ACCGAAGAAGAUGUUUCUCGUGAUCCGCACGUUACUCAUAGGACGUCACGCGGAAAUACAUUAAGCAAAGAUGGCAGCGUCCUUGAUAAGCAAAUGUUGACUGCAGUGAAGUGUCAAAAAAUGCCCCAUAGUUGUAAAUCAUUCUCAGAACGGCAACGUGAAAGCUGACAAUAGAAGACUAACAUGGAAAAAAGAGAAUUCACUGCUUCGCUAGUGGCGGGGGGCUGUGCUGGGAUGUGCGUGGACCUCACCCUCUUCCCCCUGGACACCAUUAAGACCAGACUGCAAAGCCAGCAGGGCUUCACCAAGGCUGGGGGUUUCCGUGGCAUCUAUGCAGGGGUUCCAUCUGCUGCCAUCGGCUCUUUUCCCAAUGCUGCUGCGUUCUUCGUCACUUAUGAAAGCACCAAGUCCGCGCUCGGAGCCCACGGAGCCCUCUCAGCCCCACACAUGGCACCUGUCACUCACAUGCUUGGUGCCUCCCUGGGAGAAGUAGUGGCAUGUCUGAUCAGGGUGCCUACUGAGGUGGUGAAACAGAGGACGCAGGCCUCGCUGUCCUCCAACACCUACCAGGUGCUGCUGGCCACUCUCAGAGAGGAGGGUGUCAGAGGCUUGUACAGGGGCUACAAUAGUACGGUACUCAGAGAGAUCCCGUUCUCUCUGGUCCAGUUUCCACUGUGGGAGUAUUUAAAGACUCAGUGGUCACGGAGGCAAGGUCACACUCUCUACUCUUGGCAGGCUGCAGUGUGCGGAGCUUUUGCAGGUGGAAUAGCAGCGUUCGUCACCACUCCCUUGGACGUGGCUAAGACCAGGAUCAUGUUGGCCAAGGCUGGGACUAGUACAGCGAGUGGGAACAUCCCACUGGUGCUGUUAGAUGUGUGGAAGACUAGGGGCUUGACGGGUCUGUUUUCUGGCACUAUACCUCGAGUCACGUCCAUCAGUCUGGGAGGUUUUAUCUUCCUGGGUGCUUAUGAGAAGGUCCGACGCACCCUGCUAUAAAGACCCUGGCCUGGGGAUGAAGGCAGGUGUGCUGUGCUGACCCAGCCUGAACUGGCCCCCGAGGAGGGACACCUGGUGUGAGUCAUCCCUGAUCGCAUUACCCAGAGGUCUGCGUUCCUGCUCAUCAGUGCGCUGCAGAUUGAGUUUAACUGCGUGAAUUCCAUUUUAACAGCAAGGAUCGCAUACCUCUGAGCCGAGUAUCUUCACUGUGACCAUGUGAGUGGAAAUGUUAUUAAAAGCCAUAUUUUUAUACAAUGUCA